UGUAUAAAUUCGCCUUCUCUGAGUAGUGGAACAGACUAAAAGCGUUGUGAAUUGAUUUCUUGCAGGAAAAAGUUGAGGAUUAUUUCAAUAAAACCAGGCAAACAAUCGCGGAAAAGGCAUUAAUUGCCUUCAAUUAUGAUGCAGUCCACGAAAAGCGAAACCGCCUUGCAGGAAAGCUCAACGGAAUAUGUUGAUUUAUCUGACUACUGUAGGCUGUGUCUGCAAGUGCCAGAGGAGUCUCAAUUACUUGAUCUACAACUUAUCUACGAUGAAGAAGAGAAUCUUAGCUACUAUGAUUGCUUCACCGUUUGUACGCAAAUAGAUUUGCACGCUGGUGGUGUUAACGCGCCACAUCAGCUGUGCAAGUCAUGUGGCUUGGAGUUGCAGGUGGCAUAUGAUUUUCACAAAAAAGUGGAGGAGUCUAAGAAGUUCUUAAUGCAGUUGAAUAAAACGGAACAACUAGAUGAAGAAUUCCUUUCGACGUCUCCGCCAAUUGCAAAAGAAAGCUAUGAAAAUAGUAACGUUACGACGCCUACGCAAAUUGAAAGUAACAUACAAACAGUGACCGAAGACGUGGUCGAGCAGGCUGAAGACAAAACAAAUGAUCCACAACUCAUACUAGCGCUACAUGUUAACGAUGCUGCAAAUGAAAACGAAAUAGCUAAUAGUCAAGAGAUUAUUGCUGGCCACUUGGCGACGCCUAUAGAAUAUGAAGCGUUGGAAGAACAUAUGGAAAUGGAAGAUUAUCAAUCGGUCGACGAGCUGGUCGAUGAAGUACAAAUGGAGUACCUUUUAGUUGAAGAGCUCGAUUCGGUGUCUGCUGAAAGCAUACUACCCCACUCUGUCCUUUACAGCAACGAUAAUACAAAUAGUAACUCUCUGGCCGGUUCAACUUCCAAAUCAGAAGGACUGUCUAUUCACUCAGAUGCAACACCGCUCAGCGAUUAUACUACUGGUGAGAGCAAAAAGGACAAUGAGUUGAGCGAAUAUACACAAAGUCAAAUUGAAGAACAAAACAGCCCACCCUCAUCGCGCGCCUGUACGCCUGAUCUACCAAUAAAAAUAAUUCAUCCACAUCGUGCUGGCCGCAUCGCCUGCGAUUUUUGCCAGAAAUCGUUUACCAGCCGUAGCAAAAUGCUUUCCCACCGACGCAUGCACGAGCCGGAUCGACCGCGCUUCAAUUGUACCUUUGAGGGCUGCGAUCGUUCUUAUUUAUCACGUCAGUCGUGUGAGCUACACUACAAACAGACACAUUGCUCGCGCGAUGACUUCCUACCGUUCAAGUGUCAGCUGUGUAACAAAGCGUUCUCGGUACCACAAACGCUGGAGGUGCAUAUGCGUUAUCAUACGCGUGAAUUUCCCUACGAAUGUCAGCAUUGCCAUCGCAGAUUUGGACAAAAAGGACAUCUGACGACGCACAUGCAUGUUAAACAUAAUAAUUUGAGAUACAUUUGCCCGGAAACGGGUUGUGGCAAAGUAUUCAAAAAUACGAUUUCGCUGCGUAACCAUAGCUUUUCACAUACGGGUAUGCCUUUCCGGUGCGCCUACUGCGAUAGGGGCUAUCCGCAGAAGUCGAGGCUCAAAGUUCACUUGAAACUGAAGCAUGAAAUUGAUAUGCCCGUUGAGGAAUUGGAAUCGAUGCGUAAACUGAAAAAUACUCAUACUCGCAUUCGUCAUGCAGUCGUAAAGGUGGCAAGCACCUCAGAUGUUAUGUCACAAGUUAAGGCGGAUGACUUAGAUGUCGACGACCCCGAAAGUGGUGUAUAUUUUGAGGAUGUUGGGGAAGUUGAGGUGGAUAUGUAACGACUGAUUAUAUUUGUUCGUUUUGACUUAGACGCCAAGGGGAUGAAAAGCAUUCGAAGGAUUGUAGUACGAGUAUAUGGUGCUCAAGAUUAACUAACGCUGCAUUUUUUUGUAUAUAAACGUAUACAUUCAUUAAUAUAUAACACAAAAAGUCUGAAAUGAAUUAUUAGAAGUACAAAGGUAUAAUUAAGUAAAAAGUAUUUGAAAUACUUCUUUGUUGAUGUACAUAUCCGCGUAUCGUCAUUCUGCCAUGCCGCGUAACUGACAUUGGCUGCCAAAAAUUGGAUUUGUUCACUCAAGCUCUUGACUCAAUCUUUAUCCAUUCGCCCUGAAAUAUUCUAGCCAGAAGUGCGAUUGCUUAAUAAAAAAGAGGACCAUUUUGAAAUACGAGUGUUUUUACUCU